AUGUUCGCGGGUCACAACGAUAGUACUGACGGUGUCGAUCGACAUCGUCAAUGCUUUCAACUCCCUACCAUAGAAAAAUAUAAGAACAGCACUCGCGAGACACAGAGAGUCGCUCUACCUGAGGAGACUAGACUUUUCUCCAGAAGAUCAAUAAGUUACAGCGAAGAAGGAGGGAAUCAAAGGGGGAAAGGAUUGGACCCGAACUUUAAGACAAAUGGAGGUAGCGGUUGCAACGGUCAUCGUCGAGGUGAGACUAGCCUGUGCCUAGAAAUCGCGGCACACAAAACUGAAGCCGUUUGGUUGCACGACCUCCCGCGCUCCCGACGCUCCCCACAAACGUGGCUAUGCGUCAAAGAGGAGUGCGUGAGAAUCAAGGACACGCUAAAAUACCUGGGAAUCACGCUAGAUAGUCGCCUGAAUUUCGGGGCAUACUUCAAACAGCUGAUUCCCAGAGUAGAGGGUAUAACGAUGCACCUUGGAAGGCUUCUCCCAAACGUCAGCGGCCCGGGGUCACAAAGCCCUGCGCAGGAUCCAAAGAAGAAUGGCUACCCGCAUCAUCAGGGCGUACCGCACUGUAUCUCACGACGUCGCACUGUAUCUCACGACGUCGCUGUCACCCUCGCAGGAAUGAUCCCGUUCAGCAUACAGGCGAAAAUCGAAGCAGACAUCUUCGAGCAAGUUCGCGCUGCAAAAGCGAACGGGGAGACAAUUACAAAGGCGGACAAGAUGCGGAUGCGUAGAAACGCCCUGCAACCUGCACGAAGGGUGUGGAUACGAGGAUUGGAAAAUGGUGGCACGGCGAGACCGGCCAUUGGAGCAAUCGCUCCACACUGGGAGCAAUUGGCGGCUCAAGGGACGAGUAAACUGACAUAUAGAACAACGCAGGUAAUCACCGGACACGGAUGCUUUGGAAGCUGA